GUGGCUCAUACACUUACGUUCUCACUUUAAAACAAAGGGGGCACAAACUGGGACUGGGACCAGCGAACAACUCGGCAGACUGUUCAGGUUGUGACAAAUGAUGUCAGUGCCCCCGGUCAGACCGGAGCGAGAGAGGAGCAUCCUUCACUGGGGCGGUGGUAGAGGAGAUCUGCACCUGUCGGAUGGACGCGCCGCUGCCGGACAGCAGCAAACCUAUGCGGGACAAGUCUCCAGGAGGACUUCCACAUCACCCUGCAUUCUACACGUGGAAAUGGGAACACUUCGGGACCUCCAGUUUGCCCUGCAACUAAAGAUCGAGGAGCUUCGCCAGAGGGACACACUGAUAGAUGAGUUGGAGCUGGAGUUGGAUGCCAAGGAUGAACUUAUUCGUAGACUCCAGGAUGAACUGGAUCGCCACAGGAACACGGCCUCCCUCCCGGGACCCUCCGCAGUCAGUGCAGCUUGUUCGGCCCACUUGGAGAACAAGAAGAGUGCCAAUAGGAAAACAGUCAUUUCUGAGCCCUUCAGUCUGGACCCGGUGACUCUCACCAUGGUUUCACAGAGAAGCUGUGACAAAAGCCAGGCGUCUCAGAGGCUGAUCCAGGCAGCAUUUUUGAAGAACGAUUUUCUGAAGAAUCUUGACGAUGGAGAAAUCGGUGACAUCAUCGCCUGCAUGUAUCCCACCACCAUCAAUCGAGGCUGCUAUGUCAUUCAGGAGGGGACCAACGGGGCUCAGGCUUAUGUUUUAGAGGAAGGGAAGCUGGAGGUGACAAAAGACGGACUGAAGCUGCUCACCAUCGAGCCAGAGGACAUGUUCGGAGAGCUGGCUCUCCUCUACAACUGCACACACACCUACUCUGUCUCAGCACAAAUGGACAGUCGGCUGUGGGUUCUUGACAACAAGAGCUACCAGGCCGUGCUCAUGCAGAGUGGUCUCGACAGCGUCUCUCGCACAAUGGAGCUGCUGCGCAGCGUUCCCUUCCUCCAGUCACUGUCGGAGGAUGUCAUCGUGAAAAUGUCUGAUCUCAUGGAGGAGACACACUACAGCGAAGGAGAGUGCAUCAUUGGGCAGGAGGCCCCAAGAGACAGCUUUUAUAUCAUUAGCAAAGGCCAGGUGGAAGUGACAGAGAAGAAGCCUGGGCAUGAAGAGCAGAUAGUCCUCUCCCAGCUCUCCGAGGGACAAUGGUUUGGAGAAAAAGCUCUGUGGGGAGAGGAAGUCCGGACCGUGAGUGUUGUUGCUGCCGGUGCAGUUACAUGCUUGGAAAUAGACAGACAGGCCUUCAAAGACAUAAUCGACGGGUUGGUGUUUGACUGCAAUCACGAGGUGCAACAAAGCUGUGACUCGCAAGUCGAGUCAGAUGAGGAUUAUGGCUUCCUCUCAUCUUCCACUUUGAGUGAUUUCCACAUUAUUUGCUCUCUAGCAGCCGGGGAGUUUGGCCACGUAGACCUGGUAAAACUAAAGAGCAACAUCAAGUGUCAUUUUGCCAUGAAGGUCCUUGAGAAGAAACCGAUUUUUAACAAUGGUCAUCGAGAGCACGUCCUGAGAGAAGGACGCAUACUGAUGGAGGCUCACAGUCCGUUCAUAAUCAGGCUACAUAAAACCUUUCGAGACCCAGAGUGCCUGUACAUGCUGACAGAGGCCUGUCUCGGUGGGGAUUUAUAUGGUCUGCUUGCAGAUAAAGGUUACUUGGACGAACGCAGCACCAGAUUCUACACCGCGUGUGUGGUCGAGGCCUUGACCUUUCUCCACUGUCGAGGUGUCGUCUAUAGAGACGUCAAGCCUGAGAAUGUUGUUCUGGAUGAGCAUGGUUAUGCCAAACUGAUUGGCUCCAGGUGUCUAAAGCAGGUCGAGGUGGGUAAGAAAACCUGGACGUUCUGCGGCACGCUGGGCUAUAUGGCACCUGAAAUCAUCUUGAGCAAAGGUCACAGUACAUCUGUGGACUUCUGGUCACUGGGCAUAUUUGUGUUUGAACUACUGAGUGGUGGGCUCCCAUUCAGCGGCUCUGACCCAGUGGACAUUCUCGCGGCGACCAUUCGCGGCGUCGCUCAGAUGGACUUCCCCAAAAACUUCAGCACAUGUGCCUCCAGUCUCAUAAAGAAACUGUGCAGCAAUCCCUCUGAGAGGCUGGUCGGUCUGAGGAAUGGGGCCAAGGACAUUCAGAGGCACAAAUGGUUUGAAGGAUUCAACUGGGACGGACUUUGUAAAAAAACAUUAACCCCCCCGGUUAUUCCCAAAGUCACGCCUCCCCCUGACAGCAGUGCCUGUGGUGAUUACUCUGUGGACCCAGCGGAGCUGUGCACAAACUGGGAGGAUUUCUGACGCCCGUCAGGCAAUAAUUCAUCACCUGCAGGUUUAGUCCUCAUGAAUAUUGCACUGCUCUCGGUCUUACUGCCAUCAAGAAUUAAUUAUAUUUUCAGAUGUAAAAAUAUUUUAGAUGUAGAUGGGCUACUGUUUGAUAAGUGACCCUGUAGAGCUGAGACUGUUUUUGAUGUAUAGAACCACUUGCUGAUUUAUAAAAGUAGGAGUUCAGUGAUGUCACUGCCGUUGAAUGUAACUCAAUAAACAUAGAGGCUCCGUGAGCUUGUCUUGUGUUUCCUCUGUUUCCCUGGAUUCUGAUUGUACAACGUCUCUUCCCCCAAAUACUUGCAUGUAAUUAACAAGUGACGUACGAGUCCUGCAAGAAAGCUACAGAGAGGGAGUAUAAAUACCGGAACUUGUUAUCCUCCAAAAUAAAAUCAUUGAAUUAAACCGUCAUAAAAAAGGUUGGGGGUUCUUGAGAGGAACUGGUAUAACUUGCAUGUAUAAAAGUAGUAAUGGAAUAAAAAGAAACAUGGCUAUUC